AUGGCGAGAUCGCCUUCCCGUUUGGCGAGACGACCUUCUUGUCAUUUGUCAAAUCGAUACCACCAUCCCGAUUGGCGAGACAAUUGUCUCGCCAUUUGCCAAAGGCGAGACCGUCGUCUCGAUUGGCGAGACGACGGUCUCGACCUUUCCAGGCGAGACG